GCGGGGGGGCGGGCGGAAGAGCCGCCGCUUCCUGCGCGGGCAGCCGGAGCAGUUCACCUGCCGGCAUGGCGGGAGGGUUCCUGCUGGAGAUCAGGCGGGGGACGCAGAGCGCCUUGCUGGUUAUCCGCGAGGCGGACCCGCCGAGCUCGCCGCUGGACGUGUGGGUGGCCGCGGACCGUGUGGAAGCGAGAGGCGGCGGCAGCUGCCAGGCGGCGGCGCUGCCGGCAGGGGUCAGCCUGGCCCCGUCCUCCUGCCGCGGCCUGCGCCGCCUCCCCGGCGACGGCCUGCACCUGCGCAUGCGCCUGCGCCGCCCGCCGCCGAGCGCCGACUUGGUUUUUACUUUGAGGGAAAGCCUGAAACCCCAGAAGAAUUACGUGUUUUACUGUCAAUCCUGUGGUGACAUCAUAGUAAAAGACCGGAAAUUUCUCAGAGUUCUUCCUCUACCAAGUGAAAACUGGAGUGCUUUAGUCGAAGAGUGGUGUUGUCACCCUAACCCCUUUGCCAGAAGCACUUUGCACCCUCAGCAUGGUGACUGUUUUCUUGGAGACACUUUUUUUCUGUUGAAUUCAGGAAAUGAAUCACAUGUGCCUGAAUCUCCCAUGUGCUGCUCAGAGACUGGACACCAUACUUCUCAGAAUGGCUCCAACUUGAAAUCAAAGGAAAACACCAGAGUAAUUUGUAAGCGCUGCAAGACAAUGCUGGGAGAAACAGUGUCAUCAGGUACCAUUAAAUAUUAUGUCACCGAAGUGAUUAUUCGACCAUCUGAGGGAAGUUUCAGCCCAACACAAAGGUCUCAGUUUCUACAGAGCAUGGUUGCUCAGUGUCUUGUGGAAUUGUCCUCUGCUAAAACCACGUUUAGAUUCACCGUAAAAGGGGAUAAUGGAAAAAUCUAUAUUCUGAUAUGGCUUUUAAAUUCUGACACAUUGCUGGUGGAGUCUUUAGGAAGUUCCUCCUCCCACAGUGUUUUUACACUGUUUGGAGAUAUUUUCAUGCCUAGCUCUGGACCAGUGGGGACCUGGAAUGCUGUCAAAGUCCUUUACCAGCCAUGCAUUAAAAGCAGGAAUAAGGAUGGCACUGACUGGAUUCUGAUGUUACGGAGCUCUCCAUAGUCCCGGAGGCAGGAAUACAAAAAUCACUGGAGUGCUCCUGUGGGCCGUGAUUUUGCUGUCUUUCCUGGAGAAACCAAAAUUGUACAGUGUCUUGUUGAAGAUGGUUCUUCAGGGAAAUGACUGCAGGCAUGUGUGUCAACUGGAUGGCCAUGUCUCCAGUGCUGCAGCUGGGGCUUUUCAGCUGGUACUGAUGGGCAGCUGCAUAAUAUUAGUAGCAGAACUGGUUAGAAGUUGCAUUUUAAACUAAGCACAAUUUUUCUUUCCCCUAUAGACAUUGAUUUUUCUGAAUCAUCUAAAACUGUUUUAUUUUAGUAUGGAAAUGUUGUUGAGGUAGUUGCACUUUCAUAUGUACUUAUUUUUCCUUAUUGACUGGCUUCCCAACUGUCCUGUGUCUCUUAUGGAGCAAUAUGGUUGAGCAAUAUAAUGUGUUUCCUCAUUUUUGUCCAAAGUUGAUAUCUUGUGAUGGAAACAAUUGUAUGGCCUACAGAGAACACUGCUAAAGCAUUUCUAAGUAUUUUUUACACCAAAUUUUUUUCCAGAUUUUAAACUUCCUCCAGAAGUUGGGGCGUAUUUUUUAAUGCUGGGGGGGACGGAAAUCCAGCAUAGUUUUGACCAGCUGGAAUUAAUGCUGGUAAUGCAAAGAAUCAUCAUCUGAAAAAGGGACUUAAAGGGGCUCUAAGAGCAGCCAUCAGAUAUUUAAUGAUAUAGUGCAUUUUGAAUCUAAUAUCGCUAUCAUACGUGAGCUUUACUGGUUGUAGUCAUACCUUAAAAAUUUGCCCGUCAAUAUUCUUUACUUCCUGUUUUCAACUGUUUGCAUAUUAUUGCUGCAAACUGCUGUUCAGCUGUUGUGUUUCAAACAGAAACGGCUGCAUGUCAUUAAUAUUAUUAAGGCCUCUAAUUUUUCAAGCAUGUCAUGAUGAUUAAGAAAUACAAACUCUUGUCUGAGUUGAGAGAUUUUAUUGAAAACUGUAUAUUUUUUUCCUGAAACUGAUGAAACUCUCACUGGCUACCACAAGAAGAAAUCAGUUACUGAGAAGCUGGGUUUUGCCCCCCAACAUAGCAAUUCUGCAGACACUUUUAGCACCUCUGCAGCUCUCCUUUACAUGUAGGACCACUGAAUUUAACACAGUUGUCCAGGUGAGUUUCUUGCAUUGCCAACUAUGUCUGAUGCAAGUCUAACUCAGCAAAUUGCUUCAAGAACAUAGUGUAGAUACUGUACCAGAUAACUGUAAUGUUCAUUGAUUGCCUUCAGCAGAAACUGAAGAGAACAUACAGAUGUAGUUGAUUAUGAAAAAGUUUAGACUGGGGGUUGGAAGCUUUCUAAUAUCAGAGCAGUGAGGUUCCUGCAGAGCCUUCUAGUAGGAAUAUUAUUGUCAAGAAACAGAGUUGCUUUUGAGAUGACGCAUGAUAAAAUUGCAAAAAGAAAUGCUUUGACACACUGCCUCUUCCUGCAGGGAGAUGAGCUUUUUGGCUGGGAGAUGCCUUCUAGUUCAGUUUCCAACUCUGUCAAUGACCUGCCAAAAGACUUUCAAGUUCACCUUCACCAUCUCUUUUGCUCUCUGGAAGCUCUUCAGAGUGACAAGUUUGCAUGUCCGUAGAGAGCCACACUGGUAGCACGGUCUUGAUUGGGCUGCUAUGCAACAAUUUAGUAAUUACUAAGUGUGGCAUUAUUUCUUUACCUAUGGUGUGUUCUCCUACAUCUGAAGUCCAUUCUAAUUAACUUUAUUUGCAGAGGAUUUAUAGUACUUUAUAUGCAGCUGUCUUACUUUCAGCUAUUGCAUCUCCUCUUUGAAUGAGGUCAUUACUCACAGGCUUCUCUUCUCACUGAGCUGGUGUCUGUGACUCAGUCUUUCCAUGCCUACUUUAAUUCCUUUCAUCAAAGCUGCGUUUUAGUCUGUAACAUCAACUCCUGCAUCAGCAUUGACUUAACUUGACUAAACCUAGGUUUAAUCUUCCAUCUAAAUCCCCUCUCCCUCCCUUUUUUCUUCUUCUGCUCUUGCUCAUGUCCAAACUCAGCUGUAUACCUCCCCGUCCUGUUCUUCCUGCUUCUAAGCUGAGGCUAGGUUUCCCUGUUUCUUGAUCCAUAAAAUUUUAAGAAAGCUCAUAAAACUAAAUUAAAGAGCCAAAAUAAUCUGCAUUCACUGAUCUGACUGUGUCAGGGUGUGUGUAUGCGUGCAGUGCAGCCCCCCAGUACUAUCUCAGAAGGGUAGCUGAUGGCCAGUGUGAUUCCUCCAGCUCUGCUCCGUGUCUGCAGCAGGACAGCAGGACUCUGGACAGCUGCGUAAGUGCUGCAGAGGGCUCCGUCAACAUAAGCAUGGAUUAUACAGACACUGUUAAAUCUCUGCUAUAACAGAAGGGAAAAGCUUCAGAAUAGUUGAAAGGGAAAACGUGGGAAUUAGCUCUGAGGAGAGGAGGUGUUAAAACUAAGGACAGUUUUCUGAAGGAUGGAGGAGUUAUUUAUGGAAGAGUAUUUCCAAGCACAGAGGAAACCUGCCAGACAUGUGAGGACACAUACUGGCUGAGGACAGGGAAAAGGGGCUAGUGGAAAGUUGAUCUUUCCAGAUUGGCGAUUAGUCUGCUGUGAGGUUUCGAAGGGGACUCUGGGAUGUAGUAAAAUCAGGUAGUUUGGGCAUUUGUGACCUAUGUAAAAAAUGUUGUUAUGCCAGUUUAUGCUUUUGAAUUAACCUUAAGGUUAUUUUUAGGAAUGGAAGCUGUGUUCUUGACUGCUGGUUUUAUUUAUUUAGGAUUUAAUGGCUUGUUAAAUUUGACUUGUAGCCACACCUGAUAUCUUAAUGUCAGUAUUGUGUCAUACCUGCAUAGAGUAAGCAUCUGUACAAAUUUUGCCACAAUCGUAUCAGUGAAGAAGGAAAAUGAUGAUAAAAAUAAACUGUUCCAGGAAAAUUACGGUUUCAGUGGGAAAGGGAAAAUACGGCAUAUGUGAAGUUCUAACUUUAGUAAUUAGGCUUUUGUUUGGCAAAGGUUUGGAGUGAAUGAGUGGAAAUAAUAGAUUUUGCUGUCAGCGAGUUCGCAGGAUCAACCAAUUCUGUGAUUUGUGGUGUUCCUUACUUUGCUGCAGGUUCAUGUAAUUACAUCAUGAAAUACUGAAUUUCCUUCUCUUCUGAAGUCAGUACAUAAGAAAAAAACCCCAAAACUUUAAAGCAGCAAGCUGAGAGCUUUUUGUGAACAGUGAUUACAGCUUUUAUUUGUACAGCAGGAUAACUUCUCCCUUCGGAUUCAGGCAUAAUGUUCUGGAGUGCCUGGUAUUUUUGAAUACUUCUAUAUGGAAUAUCAACAGCACUGUGGAAGUGAUUUAGUUUUACCCAAAGGUUUAAAAAUUAGAGGCCAGAAAACAUUUUCAUCUUUAUAUUGUUCUGAAAAUCCAUUUCAACUUCUGAAAUGGCCUCCUGCUUGGUAUAAUAGGUCUUAAAAAGGGAAUUAAGGUUUAUGGAGCAUAUGCAAAUCGUCAUGUGGCACAGCUGGUAGGAAUAACCUGCAUGGGAACAUCCAGGGAAGUGCUUUAUGCUGUGGCCAGGGAACCCAUGGCUUUAGGUACAGGGCAAGAGCAGCUCUGUGCCAUCACUGAUCAUACAGACCAUCAGUUCAUUCAACUUCAAUUUAAUUUGAUCUUUCUUUUUUUAAUUUUUCUUUGCCGCUUGCCUGGUUGAUUAUGCUGAGGAAAUAAGUGUUACUAUUUGUUGCUAGUCUAGGUCCCCGAAUGCACACCUAUUUCAGUACUGUUAGGACAGGGUGUGAAAGACACCAUCCCUGUGGUACUAGGUGCCAGUGUUGAGGCUGCUGGUUGAUCUGACAGCGGUGGUGAGGAGCAGUGGGACGUAGGCAGUCGGAGAGACCUGCUGGGAAGAUACGGGCAUCUAACAUGAGUACAGUUCACAUCAUUUGCCUAGAAGUUUAAACAGGCAGCUCUGCCUUAAUAAGCGAUAGAUCAGCCAUGAGCUCUGUGGUUAUGGGCCAUAUUUUCUACAUAGUGCCUGAUGCCAUGGUUUGUGGUUAGAGCCUUUACUGGGGACUGUGGUGUGACCACUACUAACAAGGCCAGGGGACACCGCACUGGUUACUGGGUUUGGCUGCCGAUGGGGCACACCACCUCUCUGCUGCUCUCCCUCCACUGCCUAGCUGAGGAACUUAGGUUGUCUCACUUAAGCCAACCCUGCUUUUCAGUUACGGUCUUAGCUGAGGUGACUGUACCAACUGUUCACCCUGCUUUGGCAGCACAGACGUCUGAGCCACUUGACAGUCAAGUCCUUAACUGCUGGCGUUUAGAGCAUAUGGUUGAAGGUAAAUUGUUGCCAAUUUUGGAUUGCUUAAAGACACUGCACUGUGAACUGUGGCAGUUUAGGAAAUGAGUGAUGAGCAGUUUGGAUGUCCAGGCAGGGUCAACAGCUGGGACUAGUAUCUUCAUCAGCUAACUCAUCCCUGCUCAUCAAUCAGGUCACCGAGUACCUAAAACUGAGUGAUGCGAAUACCUCCCAGUGUGCUCACAGUGCACAGAACCAACAGGUCACACCAGCUUUACAGCGUUUAAGCACUGGUUCUGCAUGUCUUCUAUUUUCAGCUGUAAAUACUAAUUUUUUUUAAAAAAUUAAUCAUUACUUAAUAAACCUAUGCCGAUUUAUCAUAAUUGCAUCUAUAAAUCCAUUUCUAAUGGCUAGACGCAUGAAUUUCAGCAGUCCCUUCCCUAAGGCCAUAUUAGUCAGCAUGAGCUCAGACUGAUAUGUAGACAACUUUUUUUUCCAGACUUAUAAGGAAGUGUAAAAAAUUUAUGAUGUUGCUUUAACAAGGCCCACUGGGAUUUGAGAUUAUUUAUCUAAGCCCUUAUUAAAGACAAAAACUUUUCUAUGUUUAGCCUGCAGAGCAGAGCUGCUCUUCAGACAGUCCAGUGGACUUUAAAAGUGAAGAGAAUUUGACAAACAGAGCACUGAAAUCAUGGAGAGAAGUAUAAAGGAUCUUCCCUCUGUAUCCCUUUACCGCAAAGCCAAAGUUACUAUUAACCACUAACAUAAAAAGAAAAAAGGAGUGACAGCACCUCUUGAAUUUUAAGGCCAUUUCACUAUACUAGGAACCAACAGUGGAAAACUUUUAUCAUUGUUAGAAGGAAACUACUUGCGACACUGCAGAAAAAAACAGAAGAUGAAAAAGAUCUGUCUCAUUCCCUAGCAGGAGGAUUAAUUCUCCUGUACAAUUAAUCUGAUUUCUCAACCUCAUUCUUCAGCACCCAAAUCUAUUCUUUCUCUGUGAGGUAAUUUUUACUCAUGUACUCUGUUGGGACCUCAGUUUAGCAUCCCCUUACUGCCUUCUCCUAGGAAGCUCUAGAAGGAGAAUUAAAUGGAAUGUAUUUCAUAAGAUACUUUAUGUUCAACUCCCUCUUGUUUUCUUUCAGUAAUUAGGAAAUGAAAGUGUUUCUAAGGGCUUG